AAAGAUAAAGUUGAUUUGACAUUAACAUUGUGAACCAGAAGAAAUUCUGUAAAGGGUCUAAAAUCAGUUGUAUCAAAUUUCCAACCAAAGUUGUUUUAAACAAUAUUCAUCAAACAUGAUAAGCUUUGAAAUCAAGAAACAAGUUGUAUUGAUAUACUUAUGGUUGUGGUGGAUUACUUCUACUAACAUUUGUGUUAAUGCAACAAAUGAUAGUUUGAAGCCAGGUGAUACAUUGAAUUCCAAAUCCAAGCUAUGUUCUAAACAAGGCAAGUUUUGUCUUCAAUUUAGCAAUAAUUCCAUUGGUUCUGAUUUCCCAUGCUUGUUUAUAAGUGUUAAUGUUGAUUAUGGCACAGUAGUGUGGAUGUAUGAUAUAAAUCAUUCCAUUGACUUUAAUACAUCAGUUUUAUUACUAGACUACUCUGGUGUGCUCAAAAUAGAAUCUCAAAAUAGGAAAUUACCAAUAAUCAUUUACUCUUCACCUCAACCUACCAACAACACUAUGGCCACUAUUUUAGACACGGGUAACUUUGUGCUUCAACAACUUCACCCAAAUGGGACAAAGAGUAUAUUAUGGCAGAGUUUCGAUUAUCCCACAGACGUAUUGAUCCCAAUGAUGAAGUUGGGAGUUAAUCGAAAAACUGGACAUAAAUGGUCAUUGGUUUCAGAUAAAUUUAAUCUUGAAUGGGGACCAAAAGAAGGAGAAUUGAACAUCAAGAAAAGCGGCAAAGUGUAUUGGAAAAGCGGAAAACUUAAAAGCAAUGGAUUAUUCGAGAAUAUUCCGGCCAAUGUUCAAAAUAGGUAUCAGUACAUUAUUGUCUCUAACAAGGAUGAAGAUUCUUUCACGUUCGAAGUUAAAGAUGGGAAGUUUGCACAAUGGGAACUAAUCUCGAAAGGGAGGUUAGUAGGUGAUGAUGGAUAUAUUGCUAAUGCAGAUAUGUGUUACGGAUAUAGUGAUGGAGGAUGCCAAAAAUGGGAGGAUAUACCAACUUGCAGGGAACCUGGUGAGGUGUUUCAGAAAAAGGCGGGAAGACCAAGCAUUGACAAUUCAACAACGUUUGAAGAGGAUGUGACUUAUAGUUACAGUGAUUGCAAGAUGAGAUGUUGGAAAAAUUGUAAUUGCAGUGCAUUCCAAGAAUAUUAUGAUAAUGGGACUGGAUGUGUAUUCCAUUCAUGGAAUUCGACACAAUAUGUUCAGGUGGUUGCGGAUACCUUUUACAACUUGGUAAAGCCAACAAAAUCAGCUCCGAAUUCCCAUGGUGUUAAAAGGUGGAUAUGGAUAGUUUCUGCAAUCACAAUUGCUUUACUCAUAUUAUGCCCACUCAUUUUAUGCCAAGCCAAAAAGAAAAAAAAACAUGCACUACAAGAUAAGAAAAGUAAAAGAAAGGAAGGUAAGAGCAUUGAUUUGGUCGAAUACUAUGAUAUCAAAGAUCUUGAAGAUGACUUCAAGGGACAUGAUAUAAAAGUUUUUAACUUUGCAUCAAUCUUGGAAGCAACUAUGGACUUUUCCCCUGAAAACAAGUUAGGACAGGGAGGCUAUGGACCCGUUUAUAAGGGAAUCUUGGCAACAGGGCAAGAAGUUGCUGUAAAAAGACUUUCGAAAACAUCUGGACAAGGAAUUGUGGAAUUCAAAAAUGAAUUGGUACUUAUAUGUGAACUUCAGCACACAAAUCUUGUACAACUACUUGGUUGUUGCAUUCAUGAAGAAGAAAGGAUUCUAAUUUACGAAUAUAUGCCUAACAAAAGCUUGGAUUUCUACCUAUUUGAUUGUACAAAAAAGAAGUUUCUAAAUUGGAAAACACGUUUCAACAUAAUAGAAGGAAUUUCUCAAGGAUUACUCUAUCUUCAUAAGUACUCAAGACUCAAAAUUAUUCACAGAGACUUGAAAGCUAGCAACAUACUUCUUGAUGAGAAUAUGAACCCAAAAAUUUCUGAUUUUGGUAUGGCAAGAAUGUUUACACAACAGGAAUCCACAGUAAAUACCAACCGGAUUGUUGGGACUUAUGGAUACAUGUCUCCAGAAUAUGCCAUGGAAGGAGUUUGUUCUACAAAGUCUGAUGUCUAUAGCUUUGGAGUGUUGCUGCUUGAAAUUGUUUGUGGAAGAAAAAAUAAUAGCUUCUAUGAUGAUGAUCGUCCACUAAAUCUAAUCGGACAUGCAUGGGAGCUAUGGAAUGAUGGUGAGCAUCUACAGUUACUGGAUCCAUCUUUAAGUGACACAUUUGUUCCUUAUGAAGUGCAAAGGUGCAUUCAUGUUGGUCUCUUAUGUGUAGAACAUUAUGCAAAUGAUCGACCUACAAUGUCUGAUGUUAUAUCAAUGUUAACAAACAAAUAUGAACUCACAACCUUACCAAGAAGACCAGCAUUCUAUGUUAGAAGAAAUAUCUUUGAGGGGGAAACAACUUCCAAAGGGAAAGACACCGACACCUAUUCUACGACAACAAUUUCUUCCUCAUGUGAAGUAGAAGGGAAAAUAUAAGUAAUAAAAAUCACCUGAAUAUGGAUUUUGUUUAUGAAAUAUACUCAUUUUCUGUGUCUGUAAAAGUAUACUCGCAAUGUUCUGUUUAAUGUGUAUUUUUUCAUGGUAGUUCUCGUUAAUAUAUUUUAGUCUA